AGUAGCGCUACAUCCUCUCAUGUCACUCAACUAAAACAAUACGGAAGUUGCACAGAACUCUGCCUGUCAACAAGAAAGACGACAGAAAGGAUUGUCUUCCUGAAAGACAAGUCAGCGACGAUGGGGUCAUUCAGCAAGGAGGACUGAGGGAUCUGACCUAGAUGUUUUCCUAUCCUACUUUUCUUUCUUUUCAACUUUUCUUUCUCUUUCAUGAGCACCUGUAUUUCAGAGGAGCACUAUCAUCAGCAUGACUGCCUCUUUCAACCUUUGUGUCCUCAACGUUUUGUUUGUAACUGCCUACAGCAGCCUGGAGCUGGCCUCCAGUACUGCUCAUUGUGGACAAUCUCCCCAAGUCCUGGAAGCUCCGAGGGGAGAGAUCAGAAGCUCCGUCCACCACAGCUGGUCCUACCGCCCACGGCCGUUCAACUGUAGUUGGAUUAUCAAGGCACACGUAGGAGAGCCCGUUAUCCUCAGUUUCUCCCAGUUUUCUACACGCUGUAAGAAGGAAUGGGUCUCGGUGACAUCAUCAACUGGCAAGCCCAUUACCUUUUGUGGUUCCGACCUGCCAAAGCCCAUGGAGUUGAUGGGGGGGAACAUUACAGUGACGCACCACUUCCUGCCACACUUAUUCCCCGUCUCUGUGUUCUGCCUGGGCUACGUCAGAGACUCUGGUGAAUGUCCGGUGGUGGACUUUGAGUGUUUGGGCGGGCGCUGCCUGCCCCUGUCCUGGCGCUGUAACGGCCAGACAGAGUGUCUGGGUGAAGGGAUGGGGCUGGGAACAGACGAGCAGGAAUGUGACGGAGAGAUCGAGAUCCAGGAUCCUGAGCACGACAAAGUAGUGGUAACCACUGCCACACCAGAGUCCUACAUAGAGAGGGAGGGGGAGACAGGAAGAGAGAAGAGCGGGGGGAGGGAUUGGGAAACGGCACCGGUUGAGGUGGAGAAAGAGGAGAAGGAAGUAGAGGAGGAUGGGGACUACACCAAGGUAAAGGAGCCAGAUAAUCCUAUGGAGGACUACUGGGAGUUCCUGCCUCGUCAACUCCCCAGCCCCCAGCCUCACAGAGCCCACCCCAGUCCCGGUGUGACCCAGGCCCCUAUCGAGUGGCCGUGUGGCGGCCUCCUCCAAACCUUCUAUGGGACGUUCGCCCCUCCUUCCAUCAAGGGCCCCCCUCUGUUCUGUGUGUGGACCCUGGACCCCCAGGACUCCAGGCCUCUGAAGCUGGACCUGCAGCUGCUGGAACUGGGGCCUGGAGACACGGUCACUAUCACCAACAGACAGCAGGGCACCGGGGAACUCAUCAAAACUAUCACCAGCGAGUCCAGCUACAAGGCCAUUCAGGUUGAGUCCCGGACCGGCCUUCUCUCCCUGACCUAUCACACGCUUCCCGGCUCGGAGGGGCUGGGCUUCAACGCCACCUACCGUGUCGGGGGCUACUGCCCCCCCUGGGAGGGUAAAUGUGGGGGUGCCGCGGGGGGCUGCUACACCCAGGAACAGAAGUGUGACGGGCGCUGGGACUGUCCUGAGACGGGGCAUGAUGAGGCGGGAUGUAGGGGGUGUCCCAGGGACCAGUUUGCUUGCGGAGGGGUGGGGCAGCGGGCGGUGCUGGCAGGUCAUAACUUCAUCGGGCGUCCGGUGUGCUUCCCUGCCAAGGAGAGGUGUAACUACCAGCUGUACUGUGCUGACGGGAGCGACGAAAAAGACUGUACCAUAUGUCAACCUGGGACCUUCCACUGCGACAGCAACAGGUGUGUGUUUGAGAGCUGGAGUUGUGACGGCCAGGUGGACUGUAAGGACGGGACAGACGAGAUGAACUGCACCAUGACCCUGCCUCGAAAGGUCAUCACCGCGGCAACCGUGGGCAGCCUGGUCUGUGGGCUGCUGCUGGUCAUCGCUAUGGGCUGCACCUGCAAGCUCUACUCACUGCGGACCCGAGAAUACAGUAUGUUUGCCCCAAUCAGCCGCCAGGAGGCGGAGCUUAUCCAGCAGCAGGCCCCUCCCUCCUAUGGUCAAUUGAUCGCCCAGGGCAUCAUCCCUCCAGUGGAGGACUUCCCCACGGAGAACCCCAAUGAGUCUUCCUCUCUUUCUCUGAGAGGUUUUCUCCAGCUUCUCAGACAGGAUACUUCUAACUCUCCACGACGCCGACGCCGUCCCCGAUUCAUCCGCCGGGCUGUCCGUCGCAUGCGGAGAUGGGGCCUAAUCCCCAGAUCCGCCUCCAGGCCCUCCCAGCCAUCCAGCUCUGCCCCCCAGCUGACAGAUGCCCCCUCUACUGGUGUGGAUCCCAGUCAAUCAACUCCCGCCACCACCUCAUUGGCUGUGGAAGCCGUCAAUCUGCCAUUGCCACAGAAACUAGGCUUGCUCCCACAGACAGUGCAGUACCAGCCACCACCACCCCCCCACUUCCUUCCUCCACCCACUCUACUCCCUCCACCCAUUGUCUCUACUCCAGCUACCCCCAGAGCCCUCCAGUGGCUGUCCCCCCACCCCCAGCAGCCCCUCCCUAGCCUCUCUCUUCCACUCUUUGGGGCGCACUAUCUCUCGCUUCCGCUCCUCCCCUUCCUCCUCCUCCCCCACCAACUCACUGCCCCUCUCCACAUCCCCCUCUUUCUCUUCCUCCUCUUUGGAGGACGAGGUGCUACUUAUCCCCCUCUCUGAGGACACAACCCCAGAGGACGACGUGCCCCUGCUUACACUCGACCCCUGACUUGAUCCAACACCCCUUCCCUAAAUGAUGACUCAAGCACAGGAGCACUGCAAGGCUCUCUCUCUCUCUCUCUCUCUCUCUCUCUCUCUCUCUCUCUCUCUCUCUCUCUCUCUCUCUCUCUCUGUGUCUCUCUCUCUGUCUCUGUGUCUCUGUCUCUCUG